AUGACGAAGGGAACGUCAUCAUUUGGAAAGCGUCGGAAUAAGACGCACAUGUUGUGCUGCCGCCGUGGCUCUACGGCCUACCACGUUCAGAAGUCAACCUGUGGCAAAUGUGGCUACCCUGCCAAGCGGAAGAGAAAGUAUAACUGGAGUACUAAAGCUAAAAGACGAAGUACCACCCGGACUGGUCGAAUGAGGCACCUAAAAAUUGUAUACCGCAGAUUCAGGCAUGGGUUCCGUGAAGGAAAAACACCUAACUCCAAGAGGGCAGCUGUUGCAGCAACCAGUUCAUCUUAA